AAUCCGGUCUGGCAACCUGGCAAUCGUCAUUCAUGUAAUGAUGUAAACAUUUUACCACUCUACUUUACAAAUUGGUGUUUUUGACGUGGCCGCAGAGAGAAAUUGUUAUUCUUGACUGAAACCUACUCAGCUUCAGUUCCAAAUUAAGAAGAACUACAGCAAAAUGUUGAAACAAUUAGUCUUCGCCUGCCUAUUUUUGGUUUUCCUUCCUGCAUUGAGUUUAGCUUGUGUAAAGCCAGAAGUAACCUCAAAAUCAUUUACAACCCAAGAUGCUACAAUUGUUGCUCAUAUCGGCUUUAUCUCGGAAUUCCAAGUGAAAUGUUCUUCGGGUGAAGUUUCCAGUCUGUAUGCUGAAUUAGAAGACAAAACAAUUGUUCCUGUAGCUAUUGUAGCACCAAACAUCUACCAGGUCAGUUGGACAGAAGACAGCAAAACCGCUGGGAAGGGUGAACAUAUCAUUCGUAUUUUUGAUGAGGAGGGAUAUGCUGCUAUCCGAAAAGCCCUGCGAGGUAACGAACCAACUUCUUCCGUGCCUGAAUUCUUUAAAGUUUCCGUCUACCAUCCAGGCGCUUACAAUGGGCCUUGGUUGAGAAGUGAAUUUUUGGCUGUAGUAGUGUCUUUACUGAUAUCAUACUUUGCUAUCACAGCCAAAGCAAAAAUUGUGUCGUAAGAAAAUGUAAAUUAUUAUAUUUAUUUUGUUUUCAUUUUGUUCCAUUACAUUACCGUAUCAUUUGAAGUUUUGUAGAAAUUCUCUUGAAAAUAAAUGCUUCUGAGAAGUGUUUUCUCAAUUUAAUGGUUUUUAUUUGUAUAGUAAUUGCUUGUAUUUAAAGCAUGCCGGGACAUCUAUUUUUUUUUUCAAUAAACUAAGAUAAUACAUA